AGCUGAAUUUGACGGGGAAAAAAGCGGGAGUGACAUCACUGUUGUGUAGUUGUUUUUUUUUUCUUCGUUAGUUUUCGUUCGUUUUUGUUGGGUUUUUUUUCGGCUGCCAUUCGUCAUCGCUUUGGUCCGACCUUUCGCCGCGCUCCAAGAACUUCCGGUCGCCGCUCUGCUUUUCCGCUUUUCCGCCUGUUGCUCCUGCGCGGGGUUCAAAUUGGGGUGGAGCUCUCGCCCUCCCUCCCCCGCCCGCACCGACACCGUUCAGCUGUUGCGUUUGCGUGCGUGUAUUCGUAGACUUUUGACCGCAAAAGGGAAAUUUAAGCAACUUUAAUUAGCCAAAUUAGUGCCGAAAAGUGCCACCGAGAGACGCUUACCUUGAUGUUGGGCAGUGUAUGAAGAUGUUGUGAUGGCGAAGAUGGCAUCGGGAGAUCUUUCCCUGACCAGCACGAGCAGUCAGGAGGAAGAGAGCUCGGAGUAUGUGGGCUACGACAGCACCCUCCGGCCGCCGUCCAACUCCAGUGGCAGCACCACAGCCGCCAAUAUGGCCAACAACAAUGGGCCCUCGAAGGGCGUCAAUAGCGGCGUGGGAGUGCCAGGCGUUUCCGGUGGAAACGGAACCAAGUACGACCUACUGCAGUCGCAGUACAAGGCCGCUCUCCACGAGCUGGCCACAUUGCGUCACCAGCAUGCAAACUCGAAGCGGCGUUGCGACGAGCUGUCCAGUGAGCUGAGUCUCUACCAGGAACACUACAUGGCCGACCGCAACAAGUUCACGGACAUCGUUGAGGAGAGCGCCCGGCUGAAGCGGUUGCUCCUGGAGACGCAGCAGCAGAACCAGCAGAGCCAGAAUGGCAAUAGCCAAGCGGCACCCGUGGGCAGUGGCAAUCCCUACUAUUUUGGCAAGACACAGGGCUGCGACGGCAGCUGCAGCGAGAAGAUGGCCGAGCUGAAGAAGGAGCGGAACAUGGCCGCCGUGGAGCGGGAGAAGUACAAGAAGUCGUACAUUGAGCUGGAGAAGGAUCGCAACUACUACAGGGAGCGGGGCGACGAGAAUCAAACGCUGAAGGUUUUGCUAUCCAAGGAGACCAAGAACGUGGUCUCGCUCACCGAGGAGCUGAACCAACUGCUCUCCGAGAAGGACAAUGUGCUGCAGGAGCACCAAAAGAUGUCCGACGACCUGGUGCUGGCCAACAAGGAGAUUGAGCGCCUCAAGAAGGAUGAGCAGCUGGCCAGGGGCGAGAUCAAGGCUCUGCAGCUGGCCAACGCUGAGCUGAAGAAGCGCGACCUGCUCAAGUCGCGCGAGAGCUCCUGGUCGAAGGAGUUCCCCAGCGGCAAGGAGCUAGAGAACAGCAAGGAGCUGGAAAAGCUGCGCAAGAGCCUCGAGAAAGCCCUCUCCGAGGUGGAACGCUCCAGUCAGGAUGCCGAGGAGGCGAAGCGCGUGAGGGACUGGGCCAUCUCGCAGCGCGAGAAGAUUGUACAGGAGCGCGACUCGGUGAAGACGCUCUGCGACAAGAUGCGCCACGAGCGGGACAAGGCCAUCUCGGACUCGCUGAUGGCCAUCCGUGACAGCGAGAAGAUCAAGAAGCAGAAGGACGAGGCCCAGAAGAAGAUCGAUCUGCUGAAGGAGCAAAUGGAGCAGCAGGAGCGCCACAAUCUGGACAGCAGUGCCUCUGGCUCGCGACGCAGCUUCCGCCUGAGCAGCUACGAGGGCGAGGAUCUCCUGGAGGUGGAGCUGUGCGGCUACGAGCACAACUCCGACCUGGGCAUCAUCCUGGAUGACAGCAACAAGCGGAAGCUGGUUUGCGGGGUGACCAGCAGCUCGCCCGCCUGCGGGAAGCUCAAGAUCAACGAUGUGAUCUGCAAGGUGAAUAACCUGGACUGCCAGUCAUUAUCCAAGCGGAUGGUCCUCGACGAGAUACGCGCCUGUGCCCCGCGCUCGCUGCUCCUCGUCUCCCGUACGCGUCACAGCAAGCGGCACGCCUACUCCGUCCAGCUGAAGACCAGGGAUCGCGACUGCCCGCACGGCCUGCAGCUGGACAUGGGCGUGUUCAUCGCCAAGAUCGAGCAGAACUCGCUGGCCUUCUACGAGCCGGAGCUGGACGUUGGCGAUCGCGUGCUGAGCAUCAACAACAAGUCCAUGGACUCGGUGCAGUCCAUCGAGGAGGUGAUCCAGCUGCUCAACGACCCGCGCAGCGAUGGCCUCAACCUUUUCGCCCUCAAGUAUGUGCAGGAUCAGCUUCCGCCGGGCAUGACCACCUCUUCGGCGCAAACGGAUUCCAUUGACUCCAUGCAGCACGUGUCAAGCAGCGGCGGUGGAGGAGGAGGAAGUGGAGCCAGCAGCGCCACCAAGCAUCCGUCCAAGUUCGCCGAGUUCUUUUUCCGCAAACUAAAGUUCAGCAAGCCGGGCACGCCGGAGGACAACUUUGAGCAGGAGCAUGACGACGCCAUCGCUGCCCUGGACUCGGUGCUGAGCGAAAACAGCUCGGAGAAGAGCAAGGAGAACCUGUUCAACCGCAAGAAGCGCACCAAGAAGGAGAAGGAGGCCUCCAAGAGCAUGGGCACCUGGCCGCGCACCAACAUCUCGCACGACAAUCCCACUGGCACCAUGCGCGGCAACGAGAAGAAGCGCGCCCUGAUGUCCCUCUUCACUGCGGGACCCAUCAACGUGGACAAGGACGAUGAGCUGGUGGGCGAUGUUGGCGUUCCCGAGAAGCAUACGCCGCCGGUGCUGAUGCAGGAGCAGCUGCCUCCUCCCCUGCCGCCCCAGAUGUCAAAGCCCUUGGCGCACAUUCGUGGUGCCAAUGGGAGUGCCAUCAAGGCUCAUCCCAACCGCAACUCCAAUCCGGUGAGCUCGGGCGCCUCAGUGCUGUUUCCGCCUGGCUCCUCUGGAGGCAUGCCCAUGGCGGGAUAUCCCACGCACCCGCGGCACUCGCUCUACGGCGGAGUCAUGAGCCCCGAGGAGCCAAGCCCUCAGAAGCCCUUGCAGAGAGCUGCGCCUUUGAUGGGCGCCAACGCCCGGGUAAAGAUGCCGUCGCAGGAACGGUACGGCACCCGGCCACACAGCAAUCAUCGCCUGUCGCUAAAUAUUACGCCCAGCGGCGACUUCUACCAGCCGAAGACGAGCGGCCAGCAGGCCCAGCAGCAGGUGAUGAACGCCUCCUCGGGCUCCACUGGCUUGGCAGGAGUUACGGGUCCGGCGGCCGGCGAGUUUCCGGUGCGCAAGCAGCAAGUCUUCGAUGUCUUUCAUCCGCCACCACUGCCCAAAUCCAGCUCUGGAUCCAAUCCCAAUGCCGUGUUCAUGCCCCUGAAUCCGCCAAGAGGCAGUCACCCGCUUCCCGGGGGCCAGCAUGCCGACGUGGUGUCCCUGAAGUCCCAGAACUCCAUUGAGUCGAUACUGUCCGCGAAGAGUCCGGCGAUUAGCGAGUACGGGGUGUACGCCAAGCGCCAUGUGCCCAUGCCGCAGGCGGUGAGACACGUGCCCAAGUAUCCCAGCGAUAGCGAGAGCAUCGGUUCCGGUAUUCACGGCGGCUACGGCGGCUUCCUUCAGUCCGCCCAUCUCCCGGGCAACCGGCACACGCAGCUCUUCCCCAGCUUUGGGCCCGGCGUAAGGAACAACAGGCGAUCCAGCCCCCUGACUCUGCCCUCGCCGCCGCCACAGCAGCAGCAGAUGCAACAAAUGCAGCAGCUGCCGGGCCAACAGCCGCCGCACGACAGCGUGGGAAUACCCACUGACCUGGACGGCUACCAUCCCCACCACCAUGUGCAGCAAGCCAACCAGCUGCCUCAUCCCCAUCCACACCCGCAUGCGCCGUACCUGGACUACAGCCACGGACCCUAUCCCUACAUGGGCGUGGGUGCCACCGGCGGCGGGGUCUCCGGGGUGGGCGGCGUCAUCUACGAGGGUGGCACCUUUCCCCGCAAGAAGGACAACCAGCGGCUGAGGAUACCAUCCAAUCCCAGUGUGGCCAGCAAGAGCAGCAACAUGGUAAAGAACAGUUCGGGCAGCAUUGACCAUCACUAUGUGAGCAGCACGGCGCCACCCAGCGGUGGAUCCAUGUCUGCCUCCUCCUCCGACCGGGCACCCAUCUCCCUGAUGAGCUCCAGCAUCCACAACAGCUUUGGUGGCAAUAUGGUGGGCGGAAACGGUGGAGCUGGCUCGGCAGUGGGAGUGGCAGGAGGCGGUGGCGGGGGAGGAGGCGGCAGCGGGCGUGGUUCGCCCAUGCCGCAGGUCCAUGUAGAGGUCCUCAGCCACGGCGGCGGCGGGAGUGGAAAGCGCAACUCCAAUGUGCCCGCGGAUUUUCUGUGCCCCGGAGACCUUAGAAGAGUCACCAUCGACAAGCGCGACAAGUCGCUCGGCAUCACCAUUCAGUGCAACAACAACGGCGGAGGCAUCUUCGUGUCCACCGUUGCCGACAAGAGCACAGCGAUGCGUGCCGGUCUCCAGGUGGGCGAUCAACUCUUGGAAGUGUGCGGCAUCAACAUGCGAGCGGCCACGCAGGAGAUAGCGGCCAAUGUGCUGCGCCAGUGCGGCGAUUCCUUUACAAUGCUGGUGCAAUACAAUCCGGAGAAGUUCCCUUCAAUGGAGUACGAGGGAGCGCACAAUCUAGAACCAGAAUCUCCCAUCAAUCACUCUGGCUCGCCAACGCCACGUAACUCGCCGCGUCCGCCGGCUCGCAACUCCCUGUUCCCGCUGCCCCUGCAGCCCCUGCAACCGCCCCAGUCGACGCGCUCCGGCUCAAGGGCUCCGCUCUCACAUCAGUCCAUCAAGGACCAGAGCUUCGCCGACAGCCUGGAGAAUCAAUCGGAUAUCAGCAGCAGCCAGGACAUGCCCUCGUCGGCGGCCACCACCACCACCACGACAGCCUCAGCCACGUCGACGGUGUAUGAUGAGGAGCCAAAGCCGGCCCUGCCGCCGCCGCCUGCCUCGGUGCCGUCAGAGACUCUAAGGUAUGUGACUCUGCACAUGGACAAGUCAAAGAACUUGGGCAUCAAGCUGUUCGGGGGCAACAAGGUGGGCAUCUAUGUGCACGACGUGGCGCCCGGAUCACCCUCGGAUCAUGCAGGAAUACGCAAGGGCGACCAGAUACUGGAGUACAAUGGCGUGGAUCUGAGCGCAGUCACCGCCGAGCAGGCGGCCAAUGAGAUCUCCAAGCUAACGGACACGGUCACCAUGCUGGUGCAGAAUAAGCUGCACACGCUGAAGCAAAUCAAGGACGAGCCCGGGGACUCGUUUUACAUUCGCGUGGGGUUUGAUCGCAUUGGUGAGCUGAAUGAGGACGACUUGCGUUUUGUCAAGGACGAAGUGCUCUACGUGGACAAUACGGUUUUUAAUGGCACUUUUGGCCUGUGGCGGGCCUGGAAAUUGGACGCUAUGGGGCAUCGCAAAGAGUGCGGCAUUAUACCGAGUCAAAUGAAGGUGGAGGAGGAACUACGAUCCGGUGAGGUGGUGGACUGUGAUACGGGCACCGCCAGACGCGGCAGCACCUCAGCCAGGCGAUCGUUUUUUCGUCGCAAAAAGAACCAGCGCAGCUCGUCCAGGGACUCCACGGAGAUUGCCAGCUUCAGCAAUACGCAGCUCAGCUUCUUUCCAGACUUAGGCCUGCUCAACGAUGACGGCGGUGCCCUGAGCUACCAGCGUGUGGAGCUGCUGGACUCGCCCGUUCGUCGGCCCGUGCUUAUCAUCGGACCGCUUUCCGAGUGUCUGAUGGAUCGCUUGGUUAUCGACUUCUCCAACCUGUUCAAGCUAUGCGAGGUGACGGCCAUGGACUGCUCGCAGGAGGCCAUGGAGGAGGGCCUGAAGGAGAACAUCUUUGUGGACUAUCGCCGGCGGGGCAACAAGUUUGAGUGCACCACCGUGGAGGCCAUUGGCAAUGCCUGCAAGAACGAUCGACGCCACUGUAUCCUGGACGUUUCCAUAUCCGCCGUUGAGCGUCUGCAGCGCUUGCAAAUCUAUCCGAUUGUCCUACUGUUGCGCUUCAAGUCGGCCAAGCAAAUCAGGGACAUUCGCGACUUUGGCACCGACAAAAUCUCGGCCAAGGCGGCCAAGGAGAUGUACGAGCGGGCCAUGAAGCUGGAGACCGACUACAAGCAGUACAUAUCAGCCGUCAUACCCGGCGUCAGCAUCAAGCACAUGUGCACCCAAAUCAAGGAUGCCGUCGACAAGGAGCAGGACAAACUGCUCUGGGUGCCAGUGUCGUCUUGAGCCCCCGUCUAGGGCUUCCUAGUUUUAGUUAUUUAGCGCGACACUCACGCCUAGUAUUCUUUAAAGCGCAGCAAUAGUAUCGAGCUCGUUCGUAUUCGAUUCGUUACGUUUCGUUCAACACAGAGUAUUCAAUGGGCGUGGCUAGCAACGCACGGUAUUUCUACCUGUUUCAUGUCUCUGUCUCGUGUCACCUAAUUUAUGUCUGUAGUUGUAGUGUUUUCUCAAGCUAAAGUUGAUCACAAAGCAAUUUAUAUGUCUUAUUUAUAUAUAUAUACAUAUAUACUUCGUCUGGAGCUAGAUUUCCGUCUAAAGUCUAAGGUGACAAGCUAAGCCAAAAGUCUGUUUUGUAUGCAAUUUAUUAUUAUGUAUUUAUAAGUACAUAAAUCUAUAUAUGCCUUUUAUGCACCCAAACGAUUCUAGUUUGGCCUUGAACCCCCCUUCAAGCUGUUCAACUGUUCAACUGUGAAUAUUAAAUAGAUUCUUCUUCAAAAUCGAGCUUUACUUACCACUACUUCUGGCCGACACUGAAAGUCAGGACGCGGCAGUCUGUUGAGCAACAUUAAAAUCUUUUAUUUAAUUAAGUGAUUGACAAAAUGGAGCUAUCACUAGCCUUAGGUGGUAAACGGUUAAACUGAUAUAAAAUGCGUGAAAAUGCCUUCUUCAAAUUGCAAAACAAAUACAAAAACGCAACCUUUUUCUACACGUAAAUACAAUUUAUAAAUCUAA